UGUAGUUUUUAUAAUUUAAAGAUAUACGACUUAUCCGGUAAGUCAAUAGCACACGCGCAAUUCUUGUCGUGUCUGGUAUACAAGUGUGCGUAUGUAUGAGGAAUCAUUUUUCUAAUUAAAAAAAAAAAAAAAAACAAUGUGGGCUGGAGAGUUGAAGAAAGAGGUUGCGCCUUUGAUGUUUCAUACCUAUCCACUGUGUAAAUACAGCGAUUUGCCAGAAGAAAUGAAGCAAGAGGCAAUAGAAAUCUGCGUUACUGCUGUCGAAAAAUAUUCGGAGAAUUACGAGCAAGCGGCUCGUAUGAUUAAGGAUAAUCUGGACAAAAAAUUCGGCCCACCCUUUCAAGUGGUUGUCGGCGAGGCGUACGCGUGUGCAAUUACGCAUCAAGAAAAGUCGCUAUUGUUUAUGUUUAUCGGAGGUAACACAGCAGUUGUUGUAUGGAGAACGGUUGCAGGUUUUUGACCGCGCUCUUUAGACAACAAAACAAUUGUAUAAAGUUUACACAACUUCUACU